ACUUCUUGUCAGCCUGCUAGCUAGCAUUCCGCUUGACAGGAAAUGGAGCCUCUGCCUGCCGAGUUAUCUGUCAAUCAAAUGAGGCGUGCCAAUCACCGUGAAUCAGUUUGAAGCUCUCGUCAACAUGCCUGGAUGCACCUCUAUCAUCAACCUGACCUACCAGGAUGGUAGCGAGGGGAGCCCCAGCAACCCUGCCAAGUAUAACAACCAGGACUACACACAGCUGAAGGCCAGGUAUGUCCGCAGAGGGAGCCUGUUUGUGGACAGCACCUUCCCACCUGACAACCGCUCUCUGGGUGACCUGGGUAUGCCAAGGUGGCGUGAGGAGCAAGUGGAGUGGCUUCGUCCAGCAGAAAUCCUGAAGAGACAAGGCAUCAGUGAUGAUGCUGUUUUCUGUUCCAAAGGCGCCUCACGCUUCGACUUUGGUCAAGGCAAUGUGGGUAACUGCUGGUUUCUGGCUGCUAUCUCUGCCCUGACUUUCCACAAAACCCUGAUGGUGCAGGUUGUGCCUAUGGACCAGUCCUUCAAGGACUAUGCAGGAAUCUUUCACUUCAGGUUCUGGAGGUUUGGAAAGUGGGUGGACGUUGUCAUUGAUGACCAUCUGCCAACCAUCGACAACAACUUGCUGUCUGUGCGCUCCAAGAGUGGCAAUGAAUUCUGGGUUCCUCUGCUGGAGAAAGCGUAUGCCAAGGUGUGCGGCACAUACGCUGACAUGAACGCUGGCCUGCCAUCAGAGGCCUGCAAGGAUUUCAGUGGAGGCGUGCAUAUGAUGUAUGAGCUCAGGGAGGUUCAUGAUGCUGGCCACGACGAGAAGCUGUGGGAGUCACUCAGCAACGCCACCGGCUGCAACUCAAUGAUUUGCUGCGGUACUCCCCAGAAAGGGGAUAGGAUAAUCAACACUGUGGCAAACACUGGAUUGGUGGACGCUCAUGCUUAUUCUGUCACAGCUGUCACUGAGGUCACAUAUUAUGGCUCUAAAGUGAAGCUAGUGAGAGUCAUGAACCCUUGGGGCCAAACUGAGUGGAACGGAGACUGGAGUGACAAGUCAGAAAAGUGGAAUGGAGUGACGUCGGAGGAUAAGGAAAAGUGUUUCGACCGUGAUGAUGGAGAGUUCUGGAUGGAGUUGGAAGACUUCUGUCGCUACUUUCUGAUGCUGUUCAUCUGCUGCGAGAACCCUAACUUUAUCGAUGGAGACCUCAGUUGCCAGUGGCAGUGCCAGAUUCAUGAAGGCAAAUGGGUUGCAGGAAGAAGUGCUGGUGGCAGUCCAUCAAACUCGACCUUCCACACCAACCCUCAGUACCGCAUUGAGGUGACUAAAAUCGACAGGACAGAAGUAAAUGACCAGAACAUCCUACUUUCCUUGAUGCAGAAACCCAAAGUGCAGAAUCGCAAAGAGCAGAGAUCCUACCCUAUUGGAGUGACAGUCUACAAGGUUCCAGAAGGGACACCAAAAGGACGCCUGCCUCGUUCCUUCUUUGACAGAAACAGAGCCAUGAAGAGGGUACAGAAUUACACCUACAACAGGGAUCUGAUCAGGCAGUACAGCCUGCAGCCUGGAGAGUAUGUGGUCAUCCCCUCCACCAUGAAGCCCUACCAGAGCGCAGAGUUCGUUCUCUCUGUCUUCUCUAAGACCGACGCAAAGAUUAGUCCCCAUGAUGGACACGAUGACCAUGACCAUGAACAUGAACAUGAACACGCAGACAACAAGGAGGAAGAUAAGGAGAACUUGAUCCUUCCUGAGAUACCUGGGAAAAAAGAUGAGGAGGACACCAGCGAUCCCGUUUAUUCCAUUUUCAAGCGCUAUGCUGAUCAGAGAGGUGAACUGAGUGCCUUUCAGCUCCGUAAGCUUUUGACAGACAAAUUCCCACAGGGAUCCAGGUGGGGCUGGGAGUAUGACACCUGCAGAAGCUUGAUAGCCUUGGUGGAUGUCGACAGAAACAGGAGGAUGACCAUCACUGAAUUCAGGAACCUCUGGAAGAAGAUCGAAGAAUACAAGAAACACUUUGAUCGUGCUGAUUUGAAUGACAACGGAACCCUGUCCGACUACGAGGUCCAGAAGGCAAUCCAGGCUGCAGGUUUGGACACCAAUGACAUGAUGGUUAAGCUGUACGUUUAUCGCUAUUCUGGCUACUCCUCCACCAACCUGGAGAGCUUCAUCACUAUUAUGAUGCGCCUGGAAAAGACGUCAAAUAUCUUUAAGGACAAAUCCUCUGAUGGAGUCAUCCACCUGACCUGGGAUGAAUGGUCCAGCAACAUCAUGUACAACUAGAGUACAACUGAAACAGGAGCACAGGAGACCCACAGAGAAGAGUCCUACAACCAAUCAAAUGCUGCUUCAAACAAACCUGAGCUCUUCCUGUGUACAACCAGUAAAGCGAAGCCUGUAACACGUUUGUGAUCAAAUAAUACCUGGUGAAAUAAACGCUGUUACUGUCUCAAAUGUAAGCAGAAGUGUUGUUUUCUUUUUACAUUUAAUAACAUCACACUUCACAACAAAGAAAAAAGGAACAGAGGGAAAAUUUCAGUGUUAAUUUAUUUAACCCAUAGCUGUAAAGAAUGGAAGAAAGACAAACUCAAACAGAACAUCAGCAGCUGACACAUGGUCCAACACUGAUACAUCUGUCAGAUUAAGCAGUGAGAUAUAGGGUCAUAUGGGAACAAAUUUCUUUGUUUGAAAGUUCAAGAGGCUUCUGUCAAAACUCAUUUAU